GAAGAUGUGGCAACAAUGAAACUGCUAUCGAGUGUUUCAGGUGUGGAUUCCCAAGUGUGGUGGAGGUAUAUAAAGUGCAGGAAGAGGGAGGAUCAGCCAGAAGAACCUCGUACGCUGUUGUACACUCCUCUCUCUACGCUCAUACACCACACAAAGAUGAGGACCUAUUGCUUGGUGCUGACGGCGGUGCUGCUGGCGGUCUACUCACCCUGUGUCGAGUCCUUCACCCCGUGUCCUGAUGAAGUCGCCUCUCUUUGUCCCCUCACACCUGGACAGAACCCACUUUUCUUCGCCCAUCCAAACCAUUGCUCUAUGUUCUGCGAAUGUGACCAUGGUGGUGUCGCCUGGCAGCUGCAGUGUGGUAACAGUCUGUUGUGGGAUGAUACAAUCAAGACCUGCAACUGGCCCCAUAAUGUGGACUGUGGCUCACGACCCACUCCUUAAUUCAGACGGUAGAGGAAUUCUCGAGGCGCCUUCAAACGCCAGAAGACAUGGGAACCCUUUUCAGCCUUCAGAAGCCCACCAAACUCUACGCCCUUGUCUAGAAAGAAAAUUUUGAGUAUAUUUCAAUUAUCCUUAAUUAUUGCAGUGUUACAUGUAUGUUUUCUUAGGAAAAUGAACAUAUAUAUAUAAAACAAUAAAAGUAUUUAACUUUAA